AUGUCUGGUCAAAAGACCAUUCGUGUGGUAGUCUGCGGAGAUGAAGGGGUUGGGAAAUCCAGCCUUAUUACUUCGCUAGUCAAAGAAACAUAUGUUCCCAAUAUCCAAAAGGUUUUACCUCCAAUAUACAUCCCCAAUGAUUAUUCAUCUAAUCAAUAUACAUCCAAUGGCAUGUUAGUAAUCGACACUUCUCCCGAUGAUUUGGAAAUCCUUCAGAAUGAAAUCCGUAAUGCCGAUGUGUUGUGGCUAGUAUACUCUGACCAUUUCACUUAUGAACGGAUCUCUUUAUAUUGGAUGGUGAUGCUUAGAAGCAUGGGGGUCAAUCUACCGAUCGUGUUAUGUUCUAAUAAAAGUGACUUGCAAGAGAAAAACGAAGAAACCGCCACGGGGAUCAUCAAUGAUGAGUUUGUCACCUUGGUCAACGAAUUCAAAGAAAUCGAAUCCGCGAUCAGAUGUUCGGCAAAGAAUAAUUAUAACGUCAGUCAAUGCUUCUAUUUGUGUCAACGAGCAGUGAUUUAUCCAUUAUCCCCAUUAUUUGACUCUCACCAUAACGAAUUGAAACCUUCUUUAGUGGAAGCGUUGAAAAGAAUUUUUUUUUUAUGUGAUAAGGAUCAAGAUGGGCAUCUCAACAACCAAGAGUUAUUGACGUUGCAGAAAACUUGUUUUGGCAAGUAUUUAGAUAUAAACGAGCUCGAAAGUAUUAAAACCAGUUUCAGCACCACCGAUGGGCUCGAUGACGAAGGGUUUGUCAAUCUAAACAAAACUUACAUUGAGAACGGCCGCCAUGAAACGGUUUGGGGCAUUUUAAGAGCGUUUCACUAUACCGAUUCAUUAUCACUCGAUCCAGAGUUUUUGUAUCCCAAGCUCGAUGUCCCCCUAGGAUCAAGCGUGGAGUUGAGUCCAGUAGGGUACCGAUUCCUUGUGGACUUGUUUAUUUUAUUCGAUAAAGAUAAUGAUGGUGGAUUAAACGAAAUUGAACUAUUGAAUCUCUUCAAACCGACUCCAGGAAUCCCUAAAGUUUGGGAAGAAUCGAACUUCCCGCAAACCACUGUGAAAAAUGAACAGAAUUACAUUACUUUACAAGGGUGGUUGGCCCAAUGGAGCAUGUCAACCCUUCUUGAUUAUAAAGUGACGUUGGAAUACUUGGCGUAUCUUGGAUUCGAGACCAAGUCUAAUAAACCCAAGAAAACCCCUAGUAAUAAUAAUAAUAAUAAUAACAACUCAGUAGCCAUCACCGACCCCAUCGAUCCCACCACUUUUGUAUCCCAUAAUACCAUCGAGGCGUUGAAAGUUACCAAACCUCGCCGCACUAGGAAAACCAACGGGAAAACUUAUCGGACUAACGUCAUUAAUCGAACGGUGUUCAAUUGUUUUGUGGUGGGAUCCCCAGGAUGCGGGAAGACUUCACUUCUCGAUACAUUCCUUCAACGACCUUACAAUGAAGUAUAUAUUCCUACCCUUCAGCCGCGUAUCGCCGUGAAUUCCGUCGAAGUGAAAGGCGGGAAACAACAUUACCUUAUCCUCGAGGAAUUAGGACAAUUAGAACCCGCGGUCCUCGCGAACCACUCGCGUCUUAACCAAUGCGAUGUGCUUUGCCUCGUGUACGAUUCGUCUAACCCCGAAUCUUUCCAAUAUUUGAUCGACCUUCAUACAAAUUAUCCACAAAUCAACGAAUGUCCCAUUGUAUUUGUCGCCCUUAAGGCAGACCUUGAUAAACAACAGCAGCGCUCGAUCAUCCAACCGGAAAUCUACACUAAGAAUUUGCAAUUGAAUUCCCCGCUACACGUUUCUUGCAAUUGGCCAUCGUCGGUGCUUGAAUUUUUUUUGCAAAUCGCGGAAGCAGCACAGAACCCCAGCAAAUAUACCCCGAACAUCAGGGAUGAAUUGGUGAGUCAAGAUGAUUUGGAUAAUUUCAAGUAUUUUGUGGUGGUGGCCUCGACCCUCGGGGUGGUAUCGUUGAUCACCGCAUGGGCUUGGAAGAGUGGUUCUAGGAAUUAG